AAAAUUAGGAGUGAUAGUACACUGUGGAGGCGCUUGGACCACUCACUGGGAGACAGCGCAUGCACUGAACUAGCCAAAGGCUUUUAGUCAGAGUCCUUGCCAAAACGAUGCACACCUUGCCUUAAGAACGAGGAAGCUUCUGAUAUUUAAUAGCCUAGCAGCGGCACAGGUCAAACGCGGCUCUUGCAUCAGCGCUCAAUAUCGAGGACUGAACGUCUCAAUUACCGACAUGACGGAUGGACCGAGACAAAGAGGCAGCGCGGCCCCGAGCAGCAGCGAGGAGGGAGCCGCAGACACGGGGAAAGCCUCUGGACAGUCAUCAGUGGGGUUGAAGAAGGAGAUUGGUCUCGUCAGUGCUUGUGGCAUUAUUGUCGGAAAUAUUAUUGGCUCUGGAAUCUUUGUCAGUCCAAAGGGAGUGUUGGAAAAUGCCAGUUCAGUGGGCCUGGCCCUCAUUGUAUGGAUCAUCACAGGCAUUAUAACAGCGAUCGGAGCACUCUGCUACGCUGAGCUGGGUGUUACUAUCCCCAAAUCUGGAGGUGACUACUCUUACGUCAAGGACAUCUUUGGAGGGCUGGCAGGGUUUUUGCGGUUGUGGAUUGCUGUGUUGGUGAUCUACCCCACUAACCAGGCGGUUAUUGCUCUCACCUUCUCCAACUACGUCCUGCAGCCUCUGUUCCCCACCUGCUUCCCCCCAGAGAACGGUCUGCGUCUGCUCGCUGCCAUCUGCUUGUUGCUGCUGACUUGGGUGAAUUGCUCUAGUGUGCGCUGGGCAACACGAGUGCAGGAUGUCUUCACUGCAGGGAAACUUCUGGCCCUCAUUCUUAUCAUCAUCAUGGGCAUCGUACAAAUCUGCAAGGGCGAGUAUUACUGGUUGGAGCCUGCCAAUGCUUUCGAGCCUUUUCAAGACUAUGAUGUCGGUCUGAUUGCUUUAGCAUUUCUACAGGGGUCCUUCGCCUACGGUGGCUGGAAUUUCCUCAAUUAUGUUACAGAGGAACUCGUCGACCCAUACGUGAACCUUCCCCGUGCUAUCUUCAUCUCCAUUCCCCUCGUGACUUUUGUGUACGUUUUUGCUAACAUUGCUUACGUCACUGCCAUGAGCCCUCAGGAGCUACUGGCUUCUAAUGCUGUAGCUGUGACAUUUGGUGAGAAGCUGUUGGGAGUGAUGUCAUGGAUCAUGCCCAUAUCUGUGGCCUUGUCCACAUUUGGGGGGGUCAACGGCUCCCUUUUCACCUCCUCUCGGUUGUUCUUCGCGGGUGCACGUGAAGGUCACCUUCCUAGCUUAUUGGCUAUGAUUCAUGUGAAGCGCUGCACCCCAAUUCCAGCUCUACUCUUCACUUGCAUCUCAACACUUCUGAUGCUAUGCACCAGUGACAUGUACACACUCAUCAACUAUGUGGGUUUCAUCAACUACCUCUUCUAUGGUGUCACGGUUGCGGGGCAGAUUGUGCUGCGUGUAAAACAACCAGAUAUGCACCGGCCAAUUAAAAUCAGUCUGGUGUGGCCUGUCAUCUACCUGCUGUUCUGGGCCUUCCUGCUGAUCUUCUCUCUGUACUCGGAGCCUGUGGUGUGUGGCAUUGGCUUGGCCAUCAUGCUUACUGGAGUCCCUGUCUAUUUCUUGGCCGUGUACUGGGACAAAAAACCCCAGUGCUUCAAUACAUUUGUUGACAAGAUGACAUACCUGGGUCAGAAGUUUUGUGUAGUGGUCUACCCGAUGGAGGAUGAGAAGAAGAACGAGGAGUCUGGAGAAGAGAUCGAACUGAAGGAGCAGUCGGUUCCACUGUCAGCAGAGGAUGAGCAGACACCCAAAUCAGCUGACUGCUGAACACAUGUGGAGACACACUCAUUCACUCACAUACGGGCAGACAGACUUUUUCAGUUAGACACUGGAAAUCAAACUCAGAUUUUUCACAUACCUCUAUAUUUAGCUUUUUCAUAAAGAGGGGGUUGCACAGAGUAAUGAACAGAGACUAGCUGCUUCACAGUUCAUGCGGUUCUGCUUUAGAACACAACGUUCUCCGUUAUCUCUAGUUGCCUCCAUUAUCUAGUUAUCUCUAGUUAUCUCAAUUGGCUGUUCAACAGAAUUACAACAUUAGGAUUACAUAAAGCUAUAGAAUGUAUUACUUAUAAAUACUGGUUUGGAAGGGCCUGGAAUUUUUACAAUUACAUUUCUGAAACACUCUUUUCUAUGAGAAACAGAAUUAGAUUUCCGUUUAGUUUAUGCUAAAAAUUCCAAAAUACAUCAUGACAUCACCAGAGAUGGCAGGGUUCAUUUUAUUUAUUUAUUUAUUAUUGAGUACAUUCUAAUGUUCUAAUUCUUACCCCCUCUUUAUUUUUUUAUUUCUGUCCCAACAGUCCUAAGAGUAAUUUUUUUUUUUUUUACAAGCCAAAGUUGUAUUUUAAUUUGACAUUUUCUCAUUUCAAGUGUAUUUCAUCACACCAAAACAUUUAUAUAUUUUGAUAUGUGAUCAUCCUAUUCUAAUCAUAUUCCUUUGUCAUUGUGAAA